GAACCCCGUGAUUUACUCCGUUAUACUAGAAUUCUUUUGUAUAAACCUCUAAAAAUGUUAAAUUUUAUUCAAAAAUUAAGCUAAUCUUUCAAAAGUGCCAACGCAAGAACUUUUCAACUUGAAGUACUUGGACACUAAACACACAAGCAAGUGCUUGCUCCCAUUGGAGAAACAAGUAGGCUCAUUUUGAGAUGAGAUCCAGUAUGAGUGAGUCACCCUGAAGAUACAUAACUAAAAGACAACAGAAAGUGCAGCAUCAGAAAUACAGCGGCCAGAUCGUCAAUAACGUCUGUAACAAUAAGACUUCCUUUAUGCCACUCAAAUGACCAGAAGAUUCCUUCGAAAUUGAUGAAAUCACUAGCCCUCGAGAGUCUCAUGCUCAUGAGAAUCUCUCUCAGAAGAUGAGUAGCAGGUAUAAGUCCGCAUUCCAGACUGUUAACCAUAAAUGGGCAAACGCUUAUCGGCGUGUCAAGGAUAACACUCUCGGGCAUUUCAUUAAUGUUGCCCAUGACUUGGUGACCAAGAAUCCAUCGAAGAGAAAUAUCAGUAAUUCUAUGUACAAGACAGAAGAUCCUGGCUUGCAAUCAUUGAAAAUGAAUAAGACGAGGUCAACCUCUUUCAAAAUUUUGAAGAGAAACAAGCAUCUGGGUUCUUCCCUGAGUUUAAAAGUUAGACUUGACCUUGAAAAAGGUGACAAAGCUGGCUCUGAUCUGCAAAAUUCAGAGAAAGAUAACAUAUUGUCUUGAAAUAGCAAGCCUACUCCCUCCAACCGUCAAAAGUUGCAAUCGAAGAGAGAUGACUUGGAAGAGUUUCUACGUCUUGAAAAACUAUGAAGGACAGAUAUCUUCAAGAAGAGGCCUGAGCCAAGCUGAUCAUCUCCAAAGAAACUUAUGAGGGCUAACCAUAAUGUGCUUCAAGAUGUGACUCAGAACAAGCCUAAGUUCUUCCAGAAGGUAAGAAUAGUGAGGUAAUUCUCUAGCUAAGGAAGCCUAAGAGGGGCUAGAACGCUUCUUAUAAAGACUGGGCCAGAUAUGCCUCAAAUUAUCCCAGCACUUAUGGAUAUUUUCAACUUUG